CCCCGUGUACUUGCUGAAUAGACCUGUCCGUGGAGCUGGCCUCCACUCCACCGAUUGCUUCAGGGGACUGGGAAAUUUGCUGUACAGGAAACAAGGGAGGCAGCUACUCAGAGAAGAAUUAUAGAGGUAUAUGACGUUUCCGUGAACUUGGGGUAAACCUAUUCCGAAAGUGACUAUUGACCCUACUAAGCCAGAAGACAGUGCCGCUGGGAGUGGGGGUGACUCAGAUCUUCAGGAAGUGGCCUCCCUGAAGGAGCGGAUGGCGAGAUACCAGGCAGCUGUUUCCAGGGGCGACUGCCAUAGCUUCUCAGCUAACAUGAUGGAGGAAUCCAAAAUGUGCACAGUGCCUGGUGGUUUGGCCAAGGUGAAGAAGCAAUUUGAAAAGGAUGAAAUUAUUUCUUCCUGUGAUACUUUUUCUCAAUUCCACCAGAACAGAAGUGAGCAGGAGGUGAUCCAAAGCAGUCAGGGAAUGAGAAGAAAUGAAGAAGUCUCCAAAGCAAAUGGGAUCAACGUUCUUGAAACAGAAAUGGUCUCUCAUCUUGAAAAACACACUGAGGAAAUAAGCCAAAAUUCUCAGUUCAGUCAAUAUGUUCAAGAAACAGUCAUUGACACACCUGAUGAUGAAGAGAUUCCUAAAGUUUCAACUAAGACUUUAAAAGAGCAAUUUGAAAAAUCUGCCCAGGAAAAGGUCCUCUACUCUGACAAAGAGACAACAAACCCAGCUAAGCAGAUUAAGAUUAAAAAUGAAUAUGAAGAAAUUAUAAAGCCAACAUCAGUUGUGGGUACCUCUUCCUCUUCUUACGCUUCAACCAGCCAGAGAAAGGAAACAUCAAGCUCAAGAUAUAGUGGUUUAAAUGCCACUUGCUCAACUCUGGCACAAGUUAAAGCCACUGCUCCAGGAGAGACAGAAAAAUUUCCUCCUCCCCCACCCGACCUACUUCAGACUCCAGUAGAUGUGACAGCAUUUUCCCAGUCCCCUGAACUACCCAACCCUCCUAGAAAACUACCAGUCCCCAAAGAAGUCUAUUCCAAGCAAAGAAAUUUAUAUGAAUUAAAUCGUUUAUAUAAACAUAUCCAUCCUGAUUUAAGAAAAAACUUAGAAAAAGAUUAUAUCAGUGAGGUUUCUGAGAUUGUUUCCAGUCAAAAGAGCACAGGGAGCUCAGUUUCAGCAGAUGUGCAACAUGCUCGAUAUGUUUUUGAAAAUACAAAUGAUAGUUCUCAAAAAGAUCUGAACUCUGAAAGAGAAUACUUGGAAUGGGAUGAAAUUCUGAAAGGGGAGGUACAGUCUAUGAGAUGGAUCUUUGAGAAUCAGCCUUUAGAUUCCAUCAACAGUGGUUCUCCAGAUGAAAGUAGCAAUGCCAAGGGCAUUGCCGAUCAAGAAAUCAUUGCUGGUGGUGAUGUAAAGUAUACAACAUGGAUGUUUGAGACUCAACCCAUAGAUACACUGGGGUUUUGUUCUUCUGAAAAUAGAGUAAACGUCGACAAAAUUCCUGAGCUGGCCAGAGGAGAUGUUUCCACAGCCAGGUUGAUGUUUGAAACAAGGCCAUUAGACUCUAUGAAUAAAAUGCACCAAAAUGAAGAAGAAUCAGCAUUUACUACUAGGGACAUAACUGGGGGAGAUGUCAAGACUGUGAGAUAUAUGUUUGAGACUCAACAUCUGGAUCAACUGGGACAACUUCACUCAGUAGAUGAGGUUAACUUACUGCAACUCAGGUCUGAACUUAAAGAAAUUAAGGGAAAUGUUAAGAGAAGUAUAAAAUGUUUUGAAACCCAGCCAUUAUAUGUUAUCAGAGAUGGUUUAGGUCAAGUGCUAGAAAUCAAAACUGUUCACAGAGAAGAUAUUGAAAAGGGAGAUGUAAGAAGAGCACGCUGGCUGUUUGAAACGCAGCCCUUAGACACAAUUAACAAAGAUAUCACAGAAGUUAAAGUUGUCCGAGGAAUAUCCAUGGAAGAAAAUGUGAAAGGAGGGGUGAGUAGAGCAAAGUGGUUAUUUGAAACUCAACCUUUGGAAAAAAUCAAAGAAGAGUUAGAAGAGGUGGUUGUUCAAAAAGAAGCAAUAAUAGGCACAGAUGUCUCCAAAAAGUGUUGGAUGUUUGAAACACAGCCAUUAGACAUUCUAAAGGAAACCUCUGAGGCAAAUCCUGUAUUAGCAGAAGAGAUAAUAGGGGGUGAUGUGCAAACCACCAAGCACCUAUUUGAAACACUUCCAAUAGAGGCCUUAAAAGACAGUCCUGAUGUAGGAAAGCUUCAAAAAAUCACCACCUCUGAAGAAGAAAAAGGGGACGUUAGGCACCACAAAUGGGUUUUUGAAACCCAACCCUUGGAAGAGAUUAGAGAAGAUAAAAAAGAAUACACACGGACUGUAAAACUUGAAGAAGUUGACAGGGGAGAUGUCAGGAAUUAUACACACAUCUUUGAAUCAAACAACUUAAUUAAAUUUGAUGCAUCACAUAAAAUAGAAGUGGAAGGAGUCACAAGAGGUGCAGUGGAGUUAAAUAAAUCUCUCUUUGAGGCUAUGCCUCUGUAUGCCAUUCAAGAUCACCUUGGAAAGUACCACCAAGUAAAGACAGUCCAGCAAGAAGAAAUCCUAAGAGGUGAUGUGAGGAGCUGUAGAUGGCUUUUUGAAACAAGGCCCAUUGACCAGUUUGAUGAAAGCCUUCUUAAAUUUCAGAUCAUUAGAGGAAUAUCUGCUCAAGAAAUACAGAGUGGAAAUGUGAAAUCUGCUAAAUGGUUGUUUGAAACCCAACCUCUUGAUUCAAUUAAAUAUUUUAGUAAUGUGGAAGAAAUAGAAAAUAAAGCUGAACAAGUGACAGAUACUGUGAAAGGGGAUGUCAAAACCUGUAAAUGGCUGUUUGAAACCCAGCCAAUGGAGUCUCUUUAUGAAAAGGUUUCAUUAAUGACUGAAAGUGAAGAAAUUCGUAAGGGAGAUGUCAAAACAUGUACCUGGCUCUUUGAGACUCAGCCGCUUGAUACCAUAAAAGAUGACUCUGAAACAACAUUCACUUUGCAGACUGUGAAACAAGAUGAAAUCCAAGGUGGGGAUGUUCGCACAGCUUGUCUUCUUUUUGAGACAGAAAAUUUGGACAGCAUACAAGGCAAGGAAGGAAAGGAAAGCAAAACCGUGGAGAUGGAUAUCCAAGCCGGGGAUGUCUCCAGCAUGAGAUAUAAAUUUGAAAGUCAGUCCUUAGAUUCUAUAAGUUCUAGUUCAGAGGAAGUUUUGAAAAAGAUCAAGACGCUAAAAGCCGAAGAUAUUCAGAAAGGCGAUGUCUUACAUUGUAGGUGGCUCUUUGAAAACCAUCCAAUUGAUACGAUAAAAGAAAGCCAAGAAAGUGAUGGAUUAGUAAAGACAGUGACAGACAUACGAGGUGGGGAUGUGCGAAAGAGGUGCUUUAUCUUUGAGACUUUUUCUUUAGAUGAGAUUAAAGAAGAGUGUGACUGUAUCACCACCAAGAAAACAAAUACAGAAGAAGUAGUAAAGGGUGAUGUCAAAAGCUACAGAAUGCUCUUUGAAACCCAGCCACUCUAUGCAAUUCAAGAUCAAGAGGGAUAUUUUCAUGAAGUAACAACAGUUAAAAAAGAAGAGGUACUUCAUGGAGAUGUACGAGGAACAAGAUGGCUUUUUGAAACAAAACCACUAGAUUCAAUUAACGAAUCACAAACCGUGUACGUUAUUAAAUCUGUUACACAAGAAGACAUUCAGAAGGGGGAUGUUAGUUCUGUCAGAUACAGAUUUGAAACCCAGCCACUAGAUCAAAUCUCAGAAGAAUCACAUAAAAUUGUGCCCACGGUUAACCACAUUCAAGGUGGCAAUGUGAAGACAAGCAAACAACUUUUUGAGGCUGAAAAUUUGGGGAAGAAUUAUGUAAGAACCGUGUGUGUCAAUGAAAUACAAAAAGGCAAUGUUAAAACAUCCACGUGGCUAUUUGAAACUCACACUCUAGAAGAGCUGAGAGGGGAAGGGUCUGAAUACAGAUGUAUCAAGACAGUUACCCAGGAAGAUGUGCAAAAGGGGGAUGUUAAGCAGGCAGUGUGGCUAUUUGAAAACCAAACUUUGGAUUCAAUUAAAGAUGCAGAAGAAAGCAUCACCAAAAUGACCAAGGAAGAAAUCCCAGCUUCCGAUGUCAGGACUACCACAUGGCUCUUUGAAACAACACCUAUUCAUGAAUUCAAUGAAAACAGAGUUGAAAAGGUAGAAGUUAUCGGGAAGAGCAUUAAAGAAACCUUGAAAGAGCUUUACUCUCAAAAAGUGAUUGAGGCUCCUGGAAUUAUCAUUGAAACGGAUGAGGUUGGGGAUGUCCGAAUGGCUAAAUAUAAGCUAAUGCACCAGGCAUCUCCUGAGAUACAGAAAGAAGAAGUGAUCAGGGCUGACCUUGGGAAUAUAAUGAUGAACUUACUUUCCAAAAAAGACUGCACCAAAAAAGAGAUUGUGAUUAGUGAAGAAGAAAAGGGAAAUGUUAACUUAACUAAAGCUCAACUGCUAAACAGAGCAACUGAAGUUCAGGCUGAAAAGGAAGAGAUAGUAAAAGGUGACGUGCAGCAAGCAAUAAAAAAACUCUUCUCAGAGGAGAGACCUGCAAAGAAAGGCAUUUUAAUCCAGGAAGAUGAAAGAGGAGACAUUAACAUGACCAUCUACUGUCUUCUACAUGAAAAUACUGGUGAUACAAUUAAGCAUGAGGAAGUAAUAGGAGGUGAUGUACGGCACACCAUUCAUAAUCUGCUGUCUUCCUCAUCAAACAGUGCAGUAUCUGAGAGGGCUAAAAUCGAUGCCUCUGAGAGAGGAAAUGUUCAAUUUUUCACAACAUGUAUAGAAACUGGAGCAUUAGAUUACCUCAAACAACUUCAGACAGAGCCACAUGAAACACUAGCAACUGGGAAGCAAGAAAGAGAGGAAGAAAUAAUUGGUGUUGAUGUUGAGCGCACAAAAUGGUUGCUGAAGAAAAGACAGUCUCAGGUCGAACGUACUGUUAAUGAAACUAACAUCAUCCCGGGAGAUGUGCGUAACACAGUUAAAGUUUUUAUGACAGAGCCUCCCAGUACAUCUUAUAAGACAAACAAAGAAGACAUUAUAAAAGGGGACUUGAAAUCAACCCUAACUUCCCUUAGCCAAGCCAUAAGUCAGAAAACAGUGACUAAAGCAGAAGAAACAAAAGGUGACAUGCUUGCUACCCUCAAGUCACUUAAGGAGUCAAAGCAACGAUGGGAAGAAUCUAAACAGCCUGAUGCUACCCCUGGUGAUGUUGAGAAAGCAAUUGAAUGCCUUGAAAAGGCUACAAAUACAAGGACUGAAAUACUUAAAAAGGAGCUUAUCCGCGAUGACCUUGAAAUAUCAUUAAGGGCUUUGAAAGAAGUACAAAGGGGUUUCAUAGAGGUAGAUAAAGAAAGCAUAAUUAAAAAAGACGUCCAUGCUGAAGCAGCAGGAUCUUCAGAAGAGCGGAAAACAAAGAUUCAUCAGGUGGCCAUCCAGAGAGACCAAGAAAGUGUUCUUCGGCCACGGCCAGGACCACUUGGCCAAGACACUGUCAGUGAAGCUGAAGGUACAUCUUGUUAUGGGACUUCCACAGGAGAAAGAAUGGACCUUAAUCUUCCCAAAGCCCCCAAAGGCACUGUAAAGAUUGUUGUAGAUCGUGAACAAAAUAAUGAUGCUCUUGAGAAAAACCUGAGAAAACUUUCUAAUUCAUACCGUGAAGGUAUGAGAAAUGUGUUGGAAACAGGUGACAGAAUGGGUGUCUGGAAGGAUACCACCAAAGAACAGCAGUUUAGAGGUGAACACAUGAACAGGCAAUUAACUUCAAUGGUGUCAACGAAGGAAAAUCUAACAACAAAGGAAUCAGAGGCAGUGAGACAGCUAAAGAAGGAAGAUAUUUUAAAAUCCACCCAAUCCAUUGAUAAAACACUUGGAAAGCAUCAGUUUCAAACCUGUGAACCAAGAAAUGACUACCAGAAGACUGAGACUUUCCAUAUAAAAAGUUCUCAAAAGACCAAAAACAUUAAAACAUCAACAGAGAUGCAAAGCCCCACACCGAGUCCCUCCCAGCAUCCAGUUAAUAUGCAAGUUGGAGAAGCAUAUGAAGUUACAAAAGGUAUUCAGAAGCAAACUAUGCUAAAGCAAGAAAGGCAAUAUCCUAAUAAGGGUGUGGAGAAAGAUGACAUGAAUUUUCAUCCUUUUCCUAUAGAUCAAAACAUAUCCAGUGUAACAGAAGAGAAAGUCUCUGAAAGAAGUCACAAUAAAUUCAAAGCAAUUGACAAAAAGCAGAAAACUGAUGUUUAUCUGGAAAGCCAGGACUUUCUAAUGAAGACAAAUACUUCUAAAGACUUAAAAAUGGCAAUGGAAAGCUCCUUUAAUCUGAUCAAUCUUAACCCUGAGAAUAAUGGGAGAGAAAGUGAAGGCUCCCUUCCACCUCCGUCCCCACCUCCUCCUCCAGCUUCCAAUGCAUCAUCUGAAAUUGAAUUUCCUCUUCCUCCUCCACCUCCUUUAAACCUGUUGCCUGAAAAACAUGAGUUUCCUCCUCCACCAUCCACAGAGAAGAUAAGGGCUGAAUUCAAAAGCUUCCCAGGCCUCCCUCUUCCUCCACCACCAGUAGAUGAGAAAUCUGAAGGAGAACGUCCACCUGAGUUACUGCCACCUCCACCUCCUCCAACUCCAUCUCAAAACUCAGCACAUCUUUCCUUCUCUGUUCCAGAAAAACACAGUGAAGCAUUCAUCCAACAAUAUUCCCAAAAAGAAGCAGCAAGCUCUCAGAAAACUUAUUCUCAUGCUAAAGUCAUAAAGGGAAAGUCACCACCUCCCACAUUGCCCAAGCCUAAACUUCCCAAGCUAAUCAAAGAUAAAAAGAAUCAACUUUCUCCUGAAGGUGAAUUGGGAAGCUCUCUAUCAAAUAUGCAAUAUACAAAUCCUGCCUUAAAGCAUCAUGAAAGAACAAUGGUGACAACUAACAGGGAGCAUGCAGACACAAAGCAGGAUGUACUGAGAAAUCAUCUUGAUGAAAGAACACAAUUAUCUGUUGAUUCUACCAAGCCUUUCUCACAGAGAAUUCCAGAAACAUCGGCACUCAAAGGAGAACAGAAAGUACCUCUCAUGAAAUCUCACUCACUUCCAGAAAGUUCCAGUCAACAAAGUCAAAAACCUUACAUGAGAAAAUUUAAGACACCUUUAAUGAUUGCUGAAGAAAAAUAUAGACAACAAAAGGAAGAGCUUGAAAAACAGAGAAAGGAAAGUUUUUGCUGCAACGUUGUCAAAAUGGAAUGCACAAAUCAAAAGUUGUCAGAGUUGGAAAAGGAAGUGCUGUUAGAAAAAACAAAUGCAGAAACACCCGCACCCAGAACAGAUUCAGAAUUCACUGUGGGCCAACCCAACCCAGACGCCCCAAGCAAUGCUCGAGUUUCAGGAGUAUGCUCUGACUAUGAGCUAUCCACAGCAUCAGCAGUGACAGCUACCACCAAUAGACACCAGCAUGUUGUAGCAGCCUCAGAAGACAAAAGCAACAUGAAAAAGGAAGUUUUACAGAGUUCAAGGAAUAUUAAACAGUCUAAAUCAGCUUUGGAAAUUAACCAGAGUCACCAAGAAUAUAGCACACACCACACACAACAGAAGUAUAUGGAGCAGUUGAACUUGCAUCAAAGCAAACCAGCUUCCCCAAGUUUCAAGGUUAAAACCAUCAAGCUUCCAACUCUAGAUCAGACAUUGAAUAAAACAGACCACACCUAUGAAAGUCAUGUGAAACAAGCUGCAGUUGAUGUUCAAACCAUUGCCAAACAGCAGUAUCAAGAAACUGAGAAAGCUGAAGCAAAUGCAGAACAUAAUACUAAGCAAUCUGUGGCUGAACAUUGUUAUCAGUUACCUAAGAAGGAGAAAACAGUGUCAGUACAAAUGCCUAUGGGGUCUGCAGAGAAGAGCUCUGAAAAUAAAUUCAAGAUAGUUCCUGAGAAGCAAAGAGAAUGUAGAGAAUCUGACAGAGAGAAACUUCUAGGGAGUGAAGGAAAAAGUCAGGGAGCAUCGAUUAUCAGUAGUAAAGAGGACAGAUUAAUAGUUGAAGGAAAACAAGCAUAUUUGAAGAAUAAGUCAGCACCAAAGGUAGUCAAGCCAAAGGUUAUUGAUGUACAUCUGGAUUCACAGACUCAGAAUUUCCAACAAACACACAUACAGACUUCAAAAAGUGCAUCUCAACAUAAAAAAUUGUCCCAGCCAUAUAAUAGUCUGCAGCAAAAGAAAUGUCUCAGAGACAAGGGCACACAACAGAAACAAGGCUUUUCUAAUCCUGAAGAUUCAAGGCAAGCGAUUUCACAGAACAAAUCUUCAUUUUCCUCUGUGAAAGAAUCUCAGCAGGAUGAUGGAAAAUGUGCUGUAAAUAUAUUGGAGUUCUUGAGAAAACGUGAAGAACUACAACAGAUUUUGUCUCGAGUAAAACAGUUUGAAGCAGAGCCAAAUAAAAAUGGCCUUAAAACGUUUCAGACACUGCUAAAUAUUAUUCCUAGAUGGCUGAUAAGUGAAGAAAAAAGAGAAUAUGGGGUUCGCAUUGCCACAGAGAAUAAUUUAGAAAAAGUCAAAGAAGAAAUAAAACAUAUUAAAACUCAAGCAGAGGAUAUGCUUGGGUACUGUGAAAAUAUAAUUCAAACAGCCAUGGUAGCCUCUCAAACAGGAAGGCAGGGAAAUAAGCUUAUCACCCUUAAUGAAACAUCACUGAAAGUUUCUAGUACUAAUGCAAGCUGUAGUAAAAACAUGGAACAGAAAGAAAAUAACGUUGUAAAACAAAAAAUAGUGCACCACCAAGAAGCAACUCAGAAGGGAGCAACUGCUCCUAAUUAUGUAAAAACCCACCAAGAAAUUAAUGUAGAUGGUAGCAAGAGUACUCCCUCUUUAAAAAAUCGACCACCAUCUCCUACUUUUAUAACAAUUGAGUCUUCUGCCAGGCGAACAGAAACCUCUUCUAAAGAUGAGCUUUCUCAGCUCCCUAUAGAGGACAGUUGUGUGGAAACCCCACCAAGAAGACCUCUACCACAUACAUCUGGAAUUCACAAAGAAAACACUUCCCCUUCUCCACCUAGGAGCCGCUCUGAACAACUUGUCAAACUCAAAGACACCACGGCAAAGUUAUCCAGAGGGACCAUCCCUCGUACACCAGUAACCCCAGUUCCAAUUGUAGAGAAGAGGUCUGAGAUUGUUCUGUCUCCGGCAUCGCUUCGUCGUCAAAUUAAGAUAGAAAGUCGUGGUAGAGACUCUUCACCUACUAUCACAAUACCUGUAGAUAUAAAUCACAUCAGCAAUAGUUCCUACAGAGAAUCCAUGCAAGCUCUGGAGGAAGUUAGGAAAGUAGAGAAAAGGGCAACAUAUGUUCAUAAAGAUGGAAUGAAUUCCAUUAAUGGCAUAAUGCCUGAUAUUGAAAGUUAUGACGCAGUUGAAAUCAUCCGCAAAGUAGAAGUGCCUCGCCUCUCGGAACGACCCCAGAGAUAUGAAGCAGCCAAUCGAACUGCUCAAAUGGCUGAAAAUUUCAUGAGUGACCACAAAAAUGAUAUAAACAAAUGGUUCAGGGAAUUUGAGGAUGGCCCAGUUUUUGAAGCCAAAUCACAAAGAGUCUAUGAAAAUGGAGAUGUAAACCAUAACGUAAAGCAGGAAAGCCAUAUGUUCUGUAAGGAGGAAUUUGGAUCAACAUCAUUAGAAAACACUAAUUUUACAGGUUUUUUUCACAAAAACCCUAGAGAGCUCCAAGAACAAAAUUCUGCUCAACAUCCCAGAGUACACUCUGAAACAAGGUCUCUAACUGAACAUUUCUCGAGCAUGGAUGCCUUUGAGAAUCAAGCUGUUGGAUCAAAGGUAACAACCUCAUCAGCACACAGCUCAGAGGUUGGCAAAUCUGGCUUGGACUUCAAGCAUGCCCCACCAACCUAUGAAGAUGUCAUUUCUGGCCAUAUUUUAGAUAUCUCUGAUUCACCUAAAGAACUUAGAAAGAAUUUUCAAAAGACAUGGGAAGGGAGUGAAAGAGUUUUUAAAAGCCUAGGAUAUACAACCUCAGAUGCUGCUGCAACUGAGAUGAGAAGCACCUUUGAGGAGGAAUCUGCAUUUAUAAGUGAAACAGCUACUCCAAGACAAGGAAACAUGUACACUUUGUCAAAAGACAGUUUAUCCAAUGGAAUGCCUAGUAGCAGACAAGCAGAGUUUUCAUAAGUCCUGCUUCCGAUGCAACCACUGCAACAGUAAACUCAGUUUGGGAAAUUACGUAUCACUUCAGAAACAAAUAUACUGUAAACCUCACUUUAAACAACUUUUUAAGUCUAAAGGAAAUUAUGACGAAGGUUUUGGACACAAACAGAAUAAAGAUAAAUGGAACCGCAAAAAUCAAAGCAGUUCAGCGAACAUCAUUCUCAACGAAGAGCCAUGUAUAUGUAAAAGCACUACAACAAACACUCUUAUACCUGAAGAUUUUAUGAAACAUUUAGAUGCUGGUGACAGUGAGUGUCAAAGGGAUGAUCUGAGAAAGUUGGGGGAAAGAAGAAAGUUAAAAAUAAUUUGGCCUCCUUCCAGGGAAAUUCCUAAGAAAAUCUUUCCGUUUGAAGAUGAACUCAAAAUGAGUAAGCCUAAAUGGCCACCUGAAAUGACAACUCCUCUCUCCUCUGAAUUUAAAACUGAAUCACUGGUAGAACAUUUUAAAACACUAGAAAAUCAAGAACCAGAAAACAUUUCUUUCCUACAGCCAUAUCUGCUAUCUGCCCCUAAGUAUCAGAAGGAGGAUAUUACAAAAGUCAAAGACAUGAGAAUAUAUGAAGCCAAAAAAGAUGAGAAGAAGGUAGGAAAUACGAAUGUGCAAGAUAAGUUGAAUGAAGCAGAAGAUGCAAAGAAUAAAAGAAUAAGUGGAAUGGAUCUUAAUGACAACAAUAAUGUGAUUGUGCAGAGUGCUGAAAGGGAGAAAAAUGAAAAAACUAAUGAACCUGAUGAUUCAGAAGUUUUACAGGUUACUAACACUGAUGAUGAGGUGGUGCCAGAAUAUCAUAAAGAGAAUUUGAAUAAGAAUAAUAAUAACAAUCAUGUAGCGGUCUCAUAUCUGAACAAUUUCAGGCAGAAGACAUCUAUUUUAGAAUUACCUAAUCUAUUACCACUGUCAAGUGCUACAAGCUACACUGCAAGCAAAUACCAAAUUAAAACACUGGGAAGUGCAUCCAGAAUUUCAGAGUAUAUUUAAAUCUGAAGAGAUGUAUUCAAGGAAUUAAUAGCUGCAGGGCUGGAGGAGCAGACUGACAGAGCAACUGCGGGCAGUCCUGUGCAGUCUGCCCAGACCCGCGCCUCCAGGGGGCUUCCUCACUAGGGGAAGCUCAGUAGUCUUCUGAUGCAACUCCUUUAAACACUAAAGGGAUCCAUCCAAAUAGCAGAAAUUUACAAUUUUCUAUUUUUAAUGAAUAUUAUCCAACAUGCAUUUUAUUUUUUUAAUUUAUUUUUAUUAGUACAUGUUUCAAGUACAAGACAAUUACAUCCACUGCGGGAAUUUGGUACAUGUACAUAGCACAUCUCCAUUCUUUUUUCAUUCUCUUUCACACCCCUCCCUCCCGCUUCCUAUCCCCACUCUCAUCAUCACCUUCCCUUUUGCAACAGAGCUCUCUCCUUUUUCUCUUUUCUAACAUAGUGAAAGUCACUGCCCUACCAAGAAAACUGAGAUCAUUUUGAGUGCGACUGAUCAGACAGUGUGUAUCAACUGAAACAUAUGCCGUGUUCGUAUUUAAGACAAUUUGGAAAGGACGUCACUCGCUGGCGUGCUGAAACAGCAAGAACAGUCCACGUUGGUGGAAACAUAAAUGUUGGUGCUGUGAGCCUGGAAUGUGCAGCUACGUCUUCAUGCUCCAGCAUGAGGACCAUCCCGAACGACUGACUGCAGAGAGCAGAAAGGCGCACGUGCCACAGUGACACUGAGUGGAGCAUCUCUGGCCAUUUGCAAUCCAUACUCAGUCACUGAGAGAUAGUGAUGUUCUGUGAUAAGAUUUUAGGGACUUUGACAACCUUUUUUGAACUUACAAGCACAUUUAAGAAUCACAUGUGUUUCACAAAGUAAUAUUUAUUGUACUACACUUCAUAAUUUUUGUAAUUCAUUUUAAUCUACUUUUGUUCUGAAUGUAAUGACGUAAUGAAAUAGUAUUUCCUCUCAAACAGCACUUACAUGUAUCACUGUUUUUCUGUGUAACAUCAUGGGUGAGAGACUCUACACUACUGCUAUUUAUUACAGUUCUUAUACCUUCUCCAAAAUUUCUGCUGAAAUAAAAUUAAAUCACCUGGUAUGCAAACCAA